AAAUUUUUACUGCGGUGGCAACACUCGGUUUAUGGACGCUGUGCCGAAAAACAACGAUAAUUAAGAAUGUUUGGCACCGUAAAUAAUUAUCUUUCUGGAGUAUUGCGUUCUGCUGAGGAUUACGAUGGCGACAAUUUGGGUACAUUUCUAUCGCUGCGCGACGUACACGUACAGAAUCACAAUUUGUACAUAGCGCAACCCGAGAAGCUAGUGGAGCGCAUGCUGAAGCCGCCAUUGGACGAGGUGGUCAUAGCGCACCUUAAAGUGCUGUACUAUUUGGCCCAGGAGCCACCCAGCUACAUGGAAGCGUACAGUCAACAAUCAGCCAGCUGCUCAGCGGUAGUGAAGUUGUUGCAGCAACUGAAGGACGAGAACUGGUGCCUGCCCCUCAUGUAUCGUGUGUGCCUUGAUCUCCGGUACUUGGCGCAGGCGUGCGAGAAGCAUUGUCGUGGAUUUACACCUGGUCAUGUACUGGAGAAGGCUGCCGACUGUAUGAUGGCCUGCUUUCGCGUGUGCGCCGCCGACGGUCGCGCCUCGGAGGAGGAGACAAAGCGUUUGGGAAUGAUGAAUCUGGUGAAUCAGCUGUUCAAGAUCUACUUUCGCAUUAACAAACUGCAUCUGUGCAAGCCCCUCAUCCGUGCCAUCGACAACUGUGCGUUCAAGGACAGUUUCCCGCUGCCGGAGCAGAUCACCUACAAGUACUUUGUGGGUCGACGAGCCAUGUUUGACUCCAACUAUCGCAUGGCCGUGGAGGAUCUAUCAUAUGCAUUUACACACUGUCCCGACCGUUUCACAAGCAACAAGCGACUGAUUCUAAUUUACUUGGUGCCCGUGAAAAUGCUGCUCGGUUUUCUGCCACGCAAAUCUCUUCUGGAACGCUACGACUUGCUGCUCUUUCACGAUCUGGCACUGGCCCUGAAGGCCGGCAAUGUGAAUAAGUUUGAUGAAAUCGUGCGGGACCAGGAAAUUGUACUCAUACGCAGCGGCAUUUAUCUGCUUGUCGAGAAAUUGAAGUUCAUUGUGUACCGCAAUCUGUUUAAGAAGGUUUUUGCCAUUAGACAGACGCAUCAGUUGGAUAUGGGCGACUUCCUGUCAGCCCUGCAGUUUGUAGGAGUAACGGACGUGUCCCUAGAUGAGACGCACUGCAUCGUGGCCAAUCUUAUUUACGAAGGCAAAAUCAAGGGCUACAUUUCACAUGCUCACAACAAAUUGGUUGUUUCCAAGCAAAACCCGUUCCCGCCAUUAAUAUCAACAUAGUUUAAACACGGACUAUUUUUUAAUAAAAAAUAAUAUAAAGUGUUAUUAUUUACAGCACACGAUAGUA